AUGGUGACGCCGCCUCCAAAGAAGAAGGGUAAACCACACCAUGGUAAAGGAAGUGAGAAAGGGAGCACCAAAGGUAGUUGUGUCCUUAAAAAGGGAUCUGGAUCAAAAAACAAAGAUACAUCAAAAAGUGAUAACCCCAUUGGUAGUAAAGUUGAUGUCCUUAGGGUGGAGUGUGAACUACUAUCUUACAUGAUGUCCAAUAUGCCUAAAUUUUCAUCAGCAUUAUCACUUCCUGCUUCAAUUUUCUCGUACAAAAAGGACACACUGACUUCUGUCAAAUCUCGUGAUAUCUCUGAGUUUCUCACGAAGGAUUUCGCCAGUAUUAAAGUACUUCAAGUUUAUAUGAUGUACUUGUAUCAUGAAUACAUAUGCCCCUUAAAGUUGUCUCAUAUUAACUUUUUGUGUCGCGAUGCAAUUUCUUGUGCCACAAUGAAGAAGAAUCGUUUAAGCGUUAUUGACUAUAUAAAAGAUGCUUUCUUAAAUGAAAGGAAAAGGAUGUGCAGUUAA